GUACAGAAGAAAGCGGCACACUGUUUUUAAGAGAGGGCUCACUUGACAGCCGUCCGACGAGAGAGGGCUGGCUUUACACCAGUGCCCUGUCGGUGACGCCCACUCACACGCACGAAGUGGAACCUGAGGGACAUUUAGCAAACUUUUACUGCUCGAUCAUUCCGAGGACACGGACUUUACGACCUGUAAACAGCAAAUUAAUAUUUUUUUUCUCUCCUUCGACCAAUUUACAGGGACCAUGAGUUUGCACAGGUCAGUAAGAGUCUUGGAAAUGGCUUUCCUGGUCUGGCUGGCAUGCAGUCAACAAUGCUUCUCAACGCACACCGAUCAUUUGCUCCCACCAGAGUUCUCACAGUACAAUGGCACUCUGUAUGCCGCCUGCAAAGUGAGCCCCAGCACUUCCCUUCCAGAUGACCUGCCUAAAGUGUACGGCCAAGCAUUGUUUAAGCAAGAUCACGGACAGGGAAAACUCCAAGUCCUUCUGCAGCUCGCUGGCUUUCCUGAAGAUGAGUCGCCACAGUCCAGAGCCAUUCACAUCCACCAGUAUGGGGAUCUGAGCCAAGGAUGCAUUUCCACUGGUGGACAUUACAACCCAUAUGGGGUGGAUCACCCUAAUCAUCCGGGAGACUUUGGUAACUUUGUGGCCCACGAGGGGAGAAUCAGUGAGCAGAUAGAAUCUGAAGCAACGCUGUUUGGUGGGCUGUCUGUGCUUGGAAGAGCUGUGGUGGUUCACGAAACGAUCGACGAUUUAGGCCAAGGUGGAGAUGUAGGGAGUCUGCUGCAUGGGAAUGCAGGAAGAAGGCUUGCCUGCUGUGUUAUUGGAAUGUCUUCUUCCGAUUUAUGGGAAGAGCAGCAGAAACUGCAAAGCAGCUGAGGAGAAACUAGUCUAGACAGGAGAGGUAUUGGUCUGCUCUAAAAUGACCUUUGGGUUCAUUCCCUGAUGUGAUCAACCUGAGAACUGACCUUGGUCUAGAGAGGAUCAAUGUGUGCUAAAGGUCGAGAGUGGUGUCUCAUUGGAAAAGCUGUGAUGUGCUUUUGCAUGUUUUCUGUAUAACUGGACUGCCAAUAAAGCAGCAACACCAAUCUAGACCUCAUUGUUCAAUUUGUAUUAGUCGCUUGUGAAAAUAAAGAAACAAAGUCUAAA